CCCUCGCAUCCUUUUCUGCCGCCGGCUGUGAUAUAGACCCCGAGUAACAUAUCAUACCUGGGUGUAGCAGUCCGAGUUUUAACAAGCUUGGGACAGUCUGUCUUGGACGGUAUUGCCACCAUGUCCGCUUCUGUCCAAGUUGAAACAUCCGACGAGGCAAGGAGCUCGGCGGAGCAGAGAGACGACAAGCCUCACUCACCACCUGGUGAUUCUGACCCCGAGAAGUGUGACCAUGCCCAGUCUGCCUCGAAUACGACGAACGAGGAGGGAAUCCGUGCGCCGCGGCAGGAAGCGACGUUGCAGAAAUGGAACGAACCGCGAGCAAACAUGUACCGCUUCUUCACGACGCUCUACUCCUUUAUCAUAAUGGGCAUGAACGAUGGGGCUAUGGGGGCGCUACUCCCAUAUCUUGAAACCUACUAUGACGUUAGUUACACCGUCCUGUCCCUCGUAUUCCUUGCCCCAUUUGUCGGAUACCUGCUGGCGGCACUGCUGAACAACCUAAUCCACCACCACUUCGGCCAACUGGGCGUCGCGGUCAUCAGCCCCAUCUGCCGGCUGGUCGGCUACCUACCGCUGGCCUUCCACCCGCCGUACCCGGCCCUGCCGGUGCUGCUGCUCUUCCCGGGCUUCGGCAACGGGCUCGAGGACUCGGGCUGGAACGCCUGGGUCGGCAACAUGCAGCGGGCCAACGAGCUGCUGGGCUUCCUGCACGGCGCCUACGGCCUCGGCGCCACCAUCGGGCCGCUUGUCGCGACCGCCAUGGUCGCUAAGGGCGGCCUCCCCUGGUACUCGUUCUACUACCUCAUGGUCGGCAUGUGCGGCCUCGAGAGCCUCCUGGCUGUGACCGCCUUCCGGCACGCCACCGCUGAAGCCUACCGCCGCGCGCAUCAGUCCUCCUACUCCUCUUCCUCCUCGGCAGGCGCGGGCCGGACGACCACGCGCCACGUGCUGCGCGAGCCCACCGCCUGGCUGGUGGCGCUCUUCCUGCUCGGCUACGUCGGCGCCGAGGUCAGCCUGGGCGGCUGGAUCGUGACCUUCAUGCUCAAGGUGCGGCACGCGGCGCCCUUCGCGGCCGGCCUGACGGCCACCUUCUUCUGGCUCGGCCUGACGGUCGGGCGCGUCGCCCUCGGCUUCGUGACGGGCCGCGUCCCCGGCGGCGAGAAGGGUGCCGUCGCCGCCUACCUCGCCUGCAGCAUCGCCCUGCAGCUGCUGUACUGGCUCGUGCCCGCCCGCGCCGCCUCGUCCGUCUUCGUCGCCUUCCUCGGCUUCUUCCUGGGCCCGCUGUUCCCCGCCGCCAUCGUCGCCGCCGCGAAGCUGCUGCCCAGCGGGUACCACGUCUCGGCCAUCGGGUUCGCCGCCGCAAUGGGCGGCGGCGGCGGCGCGCUGUUCCCCUUCGCCGUCGGCGCCGUCGCCGAGAGGAGAGGCGUCGGCGAACUGCAGCCGAUCGUGCUGGCGACACUUGUCUUCGUCUCGUUCGUCUGGUGGCUCCUGCCCGGCGGGAUGCGGAGGGGAGGGCUGGAGCAGGCGAGGGAGGACGGGGAACCGGUCGGAUACCAAGUCCGGAGAUGGUGGGCAUGGCUGAGGAUGAGGAUACGGUCGUCGCCAAAGGCCGAGUAG